ACACACACACCCACUCACACUCACACUCGCUGCAAACCUUGUAGAUCGCAAAGCAAAACUUCACAAAGCUUUCCUCCUCUGGGAAUUCUUAAUGCUACAGAAAGUGUUUACUUAAAUCUGGAUUCUUAACCAGCAUGCCUGACGUUCAUGCAGUGCUCCUGGACUUCUGGAUGGACUCUGAGGAACUUUGGAGAACUUUUCCUCAAGCUUUGGUAGAAUGCGGUGUGAGCUGCUGAUGGUUUGUGAUUGACAAACUCUUUUUUAGAUUCGUUUUUGGUUCUGUUCUGGAUUUUAGAUUUUAGAAAUUCCUUUUGCAGAUUUGAAACUUUGAGAACGUUGCAGAAUCCGAGGACUCUCACGUGAGGACUCUUCUCCAUCACGACUAUGUGGUUUCAACUUCUCCUCGCCUCGUUAUUCCGCGUGCGGGAUGUGUGUGUAAGGAACGGGUUCUCCGUGUGCUCAUGCUGAACGGGACUCCAGCGUGUAUCCACUGUAUAAAGCUGAGCCAAAUGAUUCCUCUUCUUCUCCUCUCUCUUCUUUUGUCUCUUCUUCAUGGGUUGGAGGCGGAAUCCACGCUCCUCACUAAGCUUCACCACUCCAAUGGAAAAGAGCACAAUGGAGUUCAGGAGGCUCAGCAUGAGAAGGUAGUGAUGGUGAGCGGGGACGGGGUCAUCCACAGUCCCGGGUUUCCACACACGUACCCACGCAGCACUGUGAUCGUGUGGAGGCUUGUGGCAGCCAAUGAGAACGCCAGGAUUCAGCUGAACUUUGACCCCCGCUUCGGCCUGGAGGAUCCUGAGGAUGGCAAUUGCAAGUAUGAUUAUGUAGAAGUUGAGGAACCUGAUGGAGGUCUGGUGUUGGGUCGCUGGUGUGGCUCUCAAGCUGCUCCUGGCCCUCUGACGUCCAAAGGGACCCAAAUUCGCAUUCGCUUCAUUUCAGACGAGUACUUUCCCUCUGAGCCUGGUUUCAGCAUCCACUACUCCAUCAUGCAGCAGAAGCCAGCCGUGCCCGCCGUCAUGCCCGUGGCUCUGCACAGCGUGGAGGUUCUGAGUGAAACCGUGUCUGAAUUCAGCACAGUGGAGGAGGUCCUGAAAUACCUGGAGCCUGAUCGCUGGCAGCUCGACCUGGAGGAGCUUUACAAACCCACGUGGCACGUCCUGGGCAAGUCCUUCAUCCACCAGAAGAAAACCAGAGGCGUGGUGGAUCUGAACCUGCUCCGGGAGGAGGUCCGACUCUACAGCUGCACUCCUCGUAAUUACUCGGUGUCCCUGCGUGAGGAGCUGAAGAGGACGGACGUGAUCUUUUGGCCCAGCUGUCUGCUGGUGAAGCGAUGUGGUGGAAACUGCGCCUGCUGCUCGAACAACUGCUUCGAGUGUCAGUGCACGCCCACUAAAAUCACCAAAAAAUAUCACGAGGUCCUGAUGCUGAAGUACAGGCCAGGUCGGGGGUCGCAGAAGACGCUGACGGACGUGGCGCUGGAGCAUCAUGAGGAGUGCAACUGCGAGUGCAAGAACAACUGAAUGAGGAGCUCUCAUGAGGAAAUAUUUAUUCGAUUAACUUUACGAUUGAAUGGAGACACAAACAUGUUUUUUUGUAUCUGGACUCCAGUGUUGUUCAUCUCACAGAUCUGUGGAACAAAACCACAUGAUGGACCUUUUAACAUUUUCAAUAUGGACAAAAGUUUUUUAAGAACCUUUGCUUCUAAUUACGCUGUUUUUUCUUUCUGACGUUCUUCAUCCUUCUCCAAGUCUCAGUGGAUUCUGUUAAUGACGCUUUCGAUAGCAUGAACCUCUUCCCUGGAGGUCACUGAGGACCAGAAGAGAACCUCCAACUUUUACUGAACUUACUUUAUUAGUAAAAUAAAAAUAAGGAGGGCAGAGAGACAUACUCUACAUGUCUUUGUUCUUCAUGCCGUCUUCACGUUACAUUUGGCUUUUUAUGGAAAAUAAAACUGUCUCUUGGUUUGUGUUUGAAAUGGAGGUUCAGGGAAAGAAAAGAGAGCUAAAUGUCUGAUUCUGAGUGUCCUUUCUUAAGCUCGUUCAUCAAACGUCCAACGCUGGGGUUCGAGAUGAGUGAGGAGACCUGGACAAGCUCUUUUUUUUUAGAUUUUUUUCAGUGAUGUACUGUAAAUAGCCUUCCUGUUCUGGUUUUCUUUGGUUGUGUAUCGUUGUUUUUAUCAGUCAUGUGCCUCGUGUCACACAAUUUUACACUCGUUCCUCGUUAUUUCACUUUUAAUCAGUAACGAGUCCCUCACAGCAAAAUCCACAGUGUCGAAUGAGCUCUUAUAGGAUCGGGGAGAAGAAAAAGUUCUCAGUUGUUUUUUUUAACCCUAAAACUUGACUCUUGUUUAGAAUUUAAUAAAAUGAAUCAGGCAACACUAAUUAUAACACAGAGCAGCAUAAAAGAUAAAGAUCACAUUGAAAUAAAAUUAUAAUGCACAGUUUUAAGGAGCCAUAAACUUAUUGAAUAAUUUACAUAAUUGAACUAAGGAGAGAAAAGCGACAUUUUAAAAGCACGAUAAACUAAAGAGCUAGCAUGCUAACACAGGUACGUUUAAAAAUGUUAUUUUUAUGUACUUAUAGCCUCCUGUUACUGAUGAAACACACAAAAAAGAAAAACAGAGGUGGUAGACCAUGACACUCUGACCACAUUUAAGUACUUUCACUGGUUAGUUCACUAGUUAGUAAGUUGAAACUAGAAAAUAGCUAGUCAGUUUAAUAAAACAUGAUGUUAAAGUCUCUACUGCAGAAAACAUCAUCAUCAUCAUCAUCAUCAUCACGUCUACUGGUUUGAGGACUGGAGAUCACAUCACAAUCACAGGACUUUAAAAUUAUUGUGGGAAAAUUGUUCACACUACAACAAAAAUUAAAAAGAUCAAUAAACUUUCAGGUGCGAAUUAAGGAAGAUUUACUGUAAAGGAUUUACUGAACGGUGCUUAAAAAUUACACUGCAGGGGAAUUCAUGACGGUUCUCACAAAAAGGUAUAUUUAUUUAUUUAAUAUUUCUAGAGGAGAUUGAGUUCAUGUAGUCGAUCUUAAUGCAGAACAAGGAAUUUCUUUUAACCUCAUACAAACUUUUAAACAGAUACAGUUUUGCAAUCAUGUUGUUAUAUCAAUAAUCAUCAUCAUGAUUCAGAAAUAAAUUAUACACGAGUGACUGAGACUGAGAAAUAACAUACGACAAAUAUUGUGCACUUAAAAGUAAAAAUAUACAAGGAAACAGAGGUCAAAAGCAUGCAUAAUAUAAUGACUGUUUGUGUUUGUUUGUUUGUUUGUUUGUUUACUUGACUCCGCCCUUUACCACCCAGGAGCCUUUAAUUCAGUUCUCUAAGAGUUCACUCGACACUCUGAGUUUUGCUGUGUACAGAUACAGACUUAAAGAUCACCAAACAAACUCUUAAAAGUUAAAGUGAUGUCAUAAAAUGUAAUCAUUCAAAAACUAACAAUCAUUACACGUCUAUAACCUGAGCUUUACAGUUAAACACUAAUCACAUCUCAUUCUUCCCUCGAUUCUUCUUUUCUCUUUUUUUGUUUUUUGUUUGUUUUGUGUUUUUUAUUUUAUUUUUAUUUUAUAAAUCUCACUGGAAGUUUUAUUAUUUCUGUUAAAUCAUCCUGUAAAAUGUCUCACGGUUGUAUAUGUGCUUUCUAACCGCAGUCUUUUGUGUAAUCUGUUAUUUAACUUCAUGUGCAACACGGUCUAAAGUAACCGA